AUGAAUACGAGACUAUCAUCAUGGUAUUUGUUUAUAGAAGCUGUUAAGAGAGAGAGAGAGAGAGAGAGAGAGCUUUUGCUAAAGACUUUCUAUUUUGCAUCAUUAGGACAUGAGGAAUUAAAUGGAUCAUUCAUCAACGAUUUGGCAUUUGAUUCUUUUGGCAAGGUUAAAACUGAUGAGCAUCUUUUCACUGGCCACAAUGUUGCUAUCAAAAUCCUCAAUCGCCGUAAGAUCAAAAACAUGCAAAUGGAAGAAAAGGUGGGGAGAGAGAUUAAUAUUCUCAGGCUGUUUAUGCAUCCUCAUAUAAUUCGCCAAUAUGAAGUCAUAGAGAUCCCAAAUGACAUUUAG